GUCAAGCCUUUAGCCCUGAUAGUAUUUUAAUAUACACUUAUAAGCUCUUUCUGUUAUUCUUCCUUGGAUAACAACAUACCGUACGAGCCGUUCCCCCGAAUUCUCAGAGCAGGAGGUCUAACAGACUUCCUUUGAAUGAACUACAAUGGCUUCCCUUCUCAGGAAAAUCGUCCACAAUGAGGCAAUGCAGACAGACCCCAAGGAGAUCUAUGGAUGGAGGGUGUAUCUCCUCUCUUGCUCCGCAUGUUGUGGAGCUAUGUUAUUUGGAAUGGACUCUGGUAUCAUAGGCGGUGUCCUUACGAUGGAUACAUUCAAGAGGAAAUACGGUCUGGAAAACCAGAGCAAAGUCGGCGCCGCGAAUCUUUCCGCCAAUAUCGUUUCGACAUUGCAGGCCGGAUGCUUUGUGGGCGCUCUAAUAGCAUCACCUGUCUCAGAUAAAUGGGGUAGGAGGCUUUCAUUGAUCAUAGCUUCGGUAUUCGCCAUAGUCGGUGUUGUAAUGCAGUUUGCAUCGGACGGUUAUCUGCAGCCGAUGUACAUUGGAAGGUUUAUUACUGGACUUGGUGUUGGCGCGGCAUCGAUGGUUAAUCCGCUUUAUGUCUCUGAAAAUGCACCCAGAGCUAUCAGAGGUGGCUUGACUGGAUUAUACCAGUUCUUCAUCGCACUUGGAAUCAUGCUCGCCUUCUGGAUAAACUAUGGAUCAUUGCUCCAUUUCCAUGGAGCUGCUUCUUACAUCGUUCCUCUCUCUAUGCAAGCUCUCCCAGCGGCCCUUUUAUUCAUUGGAAUGAUCUUCUGCAAUGAAUCUCCCCGAUGGCUCGCGAGACAGGACAGGUGGGAAGAGGCCAAGGCGACUCUUUCAAAGGUUAGAUCGCUACCCCCAACGCACCCAUACGUCGAGGAGGAAUUCCAGGAUAUCGUGACCCAGCUUGAACGCGAGCGCCAGUUAAUCGGCGGCUCCAGCUUCUGGGACCUCAUGAAGGAAAUGUGGCUAAUCCCAGGAAAUCGCAAACGAGUCAUCAUCAGCAUCAUGCUCAUGGUAUGCCAACAAAUGACUGGCACGAAUGCCAUAAACUAUUACGCCCCGCAGAUGUUUGAAAACCUUGGUGUCACUGGCAAUGCAACGAAUCUCUUCGCUACGGGCAUCUAUGGUAUAGUAAAAGCGGUUGCAUGCGGUGCGUUUCUAAUCUUCGUCGCUGACACCCUCGGACGACGGAAAUCAUUGCUCUGGACAUCCGUCGCCCAGGCUCUCGCCAUGCUAUACAUCGGUUUAUACGUUCGGAUCGCUCCUCCAAAGGCAGGCGAACCGGUCAUCCCAGCAGGAUACGUUGCCUUGGUGUGUAUCUUCCUUUUCGCGGCUUUCUUCCAGUUCGGAUGGGGCCCAGUCUGUUGGACUUACGUCUCUGAAAUACCUACUGCCCGUCUACGUUCACUCAAUGUUGCCUUUGCUGCUGCGACGCAAUGGCUAUUCAACUUUGUCGUCGCCCGGGCUGUGCCCAAUAUGAUGGCCACUGUUGGAGAGGCUGGUUAUGGAACAUAUAUUAUAUUCUCCUGCUUCUGCUUUGCUAUGGGUGUUUUCGUCUGGUUUUUCGUUCCUGAAACCAAAGCUGUGUCCCUCGAGAAGAUGGAUGAUCUCUUUGGAGUUACUGAGCUGCUCGAGCACAAGGCCGCGAGGGACAUGGAACAGGGUGAAACGCAUGAAGUAGAUGACAAGACUGGCCCUAUGGAGACCAGAAUUGAGAGGGUUUAAUUUCUGUUCGGUAUAGAUUGUCAAAGAAAGGCAUUUUGUUUCAGGAUUGACGAUACGUUUCUGUCCUUGGUGCUCUAGAGCUUCAGUUCCAGUCAAAUGCCGAGGUUCUAAUUCCAUUCGAUUCCAAUCUGCUAUAUACAAGUCCCUAAGUUAAGCUAGCAAGGCACGGUGACAUCGCUAGCACUCCUUUCUCGUUUCCCGCAACAUCCUGAUUUCCAAACAAUACAAUCUUCCAACAUACUUC